UUUCUCCUGUUGUUCUUCACCUUCAUCACUGGCUCAGGAUUCUUUUCCUUAUUGGAUGGAUGCUUUGGAAAACGAUAAACAUUGCUGGUGAUCAGUUACCAUUGCAUUAGCUGCAGAAGGUUUUGUAGUCGGUUUAUGAAUUCCCCGAUGGUGAUGGAGUGGAAUGAGAAGCCACUUUCACUAUGGGACUGGGAGAAUGUUUUCAUGUUUGGAGCAAAAGUAACUGAAAAUGCAAAAAAGCUUCAACCAACAGGCUGGAGUGUUGAAGGAGACCGAGAAAUGAACUCUGAAUAUUUCUAUCCGCCUGGGGUUGAUGGGGGAAGUGGUGUUUCUGGCUCUGACUUAGGAGACGGUACAUCAAAGAGUUCAAAAUCAGGUUCUGUCAGUUCUUCAGUUGGGGAAAGUAAGAAAUCCAACUUCAGCCUCGAGACUCUUGAAGGUUUCUCGAAGAAUUUUGCCGAUAAAAAGCAAUCAGCAAGAGACAUUGAAGCCAUUGGAUCUUCGCCAACUGAGAUUUCGGCUGGCUCUAGUGAGCCAUUGCUCAGCCUAAAGCUUGGUAAGCGGAUGUACUUUGAAGAUGUCUGUGCUGGAAAUAAUGUCAAGACCUCUGCUGUAUCUGUUAUUUCCACACCAAUGGGGACAAAAGCAAAGAGAUUUAAAUCCAUUGGUCAAAGUACAGUUGCUACAUACUGCCAAGUUGAAGGAUGCAAUAUUGAUCUGUCAUCAGCCAAAGAUUACCAUCGCAAACAUAGGAUUUGUGCAAAUCACUCCAAAUCUCCAAACGUCAUUGUAAGUGGUGUAGAACGUCGGUUUUGCCAGCAGUGCAGCAGGUUCCAUGGCCUUUCGGAGUUUGAUGAAAAGAAGAGAAGCUGUCGCAGGCGUCUUUCAGAUCACAAUGCUAGGCGUCGCAAACCACAACUAGGAGCAUUGGAAGAUUCAGCAAGGCUUUCCUCAUCACUGUACAGUGCAGAUGGGAGGCAACACAUGAGCCUAGUUUUGGACCAAGCCCCAUUUGCUUACUCGAGGCAUGCUAGAAAUUUAUCAUGGGAUGCCGCAUGUAGUUUCAGGUUCACACAAACAAAAGAUUAUUUUCCAAAUACUUUGAAAGGAGGAGGCACUUCCAAACAGCUACAUUUGGCAGAAAAUAGCACCCCAGGUUCUGUAACCAUGCUUUAUCAAGAUUCUUGUAGGUUGUCACCAUCUAAUGGCACAACAUCUCAGGUUCUAAAUAGAGGUGCCGAAGAAUCUAUGAUCUCUUUCAACCUGGAUGCACCGCAAAAUCUUAAUCGUGCUCUCUCUCUUCUGUCAACCAGCUCAUGGGCUUCAUCCGAGGCGAAACCUGUUUCACUUGAUAACACGAAUCACAGCUGUCAUACCAAUAACCCUCGGCCUGCAAUGCAGGCAAUGACCCAAGGGUUGCCAUUGCCAUCAGAUUACUGGCAAAAUGAACAGGCAUCUCUCGUUACUACCCAAGUAAAUGUCUGGCAUUCACAGAGUAACGGCAGCAACCAAUAUCAAGAUCUUCAUAUGUUCAAAGGGCCCUAUGAGUUCAACUAUAACACCAACCAAUUCAAUUAACUUUCGAGCCAAAGCCUGUUCCGAGUCACCUUAGAAUCUCACCUUUUCCAUGGUUAGUUCCUAUUGCAGAAUUUAUUGACCUGUAUGAGUUAGCUUUGCAGUGCAUAAUCAAGUCACUGACAAGUAUAUCACCCAUAGUGUAAUUAUUUCCAUGAACUCAAAACUGCCUUCGUUACUGUCUCGUUCUAUAGACAUAUAUAAGUAGUACUCGGAUUCAGAUUAUGGUCGCAAAUUCAUGACCAGAUACUACUGUUAGAUCAUACAAUAAUAUGACAUUUGCGAA